AGUCAUGGAACGUUGGCCCGGAUGGUUCGCCGGCAGAUAGAUACAGCGGGUUGCGAGCGCUGACAGUGGGCAGCGGCUGUGGGAAAGUUAACAGCGCAGGGAUGGAGAGGGUGGAGGCAGCAUCGGAGGCUGAGGGUCACUCAGCAAUAAGCGUCUGCCUGGAAUCCCGCCCGCAUCCCUUUCUGUCGCAGUUUCAACGGAGAGAAUGGUGCGUUUGAGCAGAAUAUUGGAUAUCAACACCCAUCCUCGUACAAGACUGAACGUGACCAUGGCUGAGUGUUCCGAGAUGGCUGGUGAUAUAGAUUGGAAAGAGCGGUGUAUGACUCUUGAGUCGCAGAUGCUGAAGUUUCGGGUGCAGGCCAGCAAAAUCAGAGAGCUGCUUGCAGAGAAGAUGCAGCUACUGGAGAGGCAAGUAAUGGAUGCCAACCGUCGUGCCGAUAAGGCCAACCAGCAGGUCCGUGUUAUGGAAGAAAAGCUAAACGCAGCCAACAUCCAGACAAGUGAGUCCGAGAAUAAGUUGUACAAGAUUUGCCAGGAGCUGGAGGUCCUUGUAGUGGAAAAAGAUGACUUCAUUCAGCGUUUAGAGCUUCAGCUAGAUGAACAGAAACAUCUACGGAUGCAGGAGGCCAAAGUUAUAGAAGAGAAAGCAGCCAAAAUCAAAGAUUGGGUGACAAUGAAGCUGCAUGAGCUUGAAAUUGAAAAUCAAAAUAUUAAAUUUAUCAAUCAACAACAAGUGGAACAUAUCCAGAUCCUUCAGACAAAGCUACAAGCCCUGACAGGGAGUCGCGGACAGAAGUCACCAUCAUGUUUAAGUCAAACCUCAGGAGAAGCACAGCGACUCAGCAGCCUGACAUUUGGAUACUUCAAAGGAAAUCCUCAAAGUCUUCAGCAAAAUACUCUGGAAACUGGAUUAAUGAAUAAACAGAUUACAGGCAAGGAAAUGAACAAGAGGUCCCGCUCGAAACCUGCUCAAAGUACUGACAUAGAUCAAAGGGGUUUCCCACAAAACCACUGUGUGUCGGAGUUAGAAGGUAGCAAAGAACUGACUAAUCAUCAGCCUUUAACAAAAGAAGUAGGUACGGCUUUUAUGCCUCUGAGUGAUGACAGUUCCGAUGAGGGAGUGAGAAUAAAUCAGGCAACAUCUAAAUCCUGGUCCAACCUGUCCAUUCACACGUCCGAGGAAGCCAUUAGACUCAGUCAGAUUGGGAGCGAUACCUACCUGACAGCAUCUGACAACAGCUUUGAUGACGAAGGUAAAAUUGUGAAAAAGCUACCUUUGCAAGAUGCGGUUGCAAAUACCAAAUCAAGACACGCUGUAGAUCACUUUCCGAGCAUCGUGAUCCCGAAAACACUGAGUAGAAAAAAAACGGACCUUGAUUGUUCUUCCGAUGAGUUAAACAAGCGAUUUCAGUCACAAAGGCUAGAUUCGUCAUCGGGUGACAAGCACAAUCCGAGUCUGAUUCUAACAUCAACACCUACAACAGCUGGCAGGACCCAGCACACACCUUGCUUCACCAAAGCAACAUCUUCAUCAGACUUAACGCCGCCAAAGUUAAGGGCUCCCAGUGUAUUUGGUACAAGUGCGGCCAAAGCAAAGAAACACUGCAGCCAACCUCAGCUAAGCACUGACCGCCUGUUUAGCAAGAACCGCAACGUUAUAAGUAUGAUGAGGCCAAUGGAUCACGAAGAAACUGACAUCGACGUCAUUGACGUCGAAACUGACAUUCUGGAGAAAAUGGAAAUGGGCUAUGAAGAGGGGAUGUUUUGCUAUGAUUCUGAAACCCAAGUUACCGAGGAGCAACCAUGCAUAGAAGCCAAAGGCAAAGUUCCCAAUAACAAACCACCAACUCCCCCUCUGCACAGAUUCCCUUCCUGGGAGAGCAGGAUUUAUGCAGUAGCCAAAUCGGGUAUGAGAAUGUCCGAGGCCAUCUAUACAGACCCAAGUAACAAAUGCACUGGCUUCAUGCCUUCUCAAUCCACAUCGGAAUCUUAUACCAGUUUGGUUUAUAAUAGCAUGACUAUUCCAGUUUACACUGUUCUGAAAGGGAAAGCAACCCAGAUCAGCACCAGCCCUUUCUCAGACGAGUCGUCUGAAACAGAAGAAAGUGACAGCUCGAGAGGGAGCUCCAGGACAUCAAUGGCAGGAUCAGACUCCCGCAAAGCCAGCAGCCCCAGCAGUCCGCGGGCCAUGAAACGAGGUGUUUCACUGUCAUCUAUGACCUCAGAAAGUGAUUAUGCCAUCCCACCAGAUGCAUACUGUACAGACACAGAAUGCUCUGAACCCGAGCAGAAGCUUCCAAAAACAUCCUCGUCCCAUUCCAUUGACAGUGGAAAAAAUGAACCUUUGGAAAAGUCUGGAUAUUUGUUAAAAAUGGGAGGAAAAGCAAAAACAUGGAAACGGCGAUGGUUUGUCCUUAAAGGUGGUGAAUUGUUGUACUACAAAUCCCCAAGUGAUGUUAUUCGUAAACCACAGGGCCAAAUUGAGCUCAAUGUUUCGAAUCAUAUUGUGAGAUGUGAUGGAAAGCAAACAAUUCAGAUUAUUACAGAGAAAAAGACUUACUACUUGACUGCAGAUUCUCCCAAUAUUCUCGAGGAAUGGAUUCGGGUUUUACAGAAUGUUUUACGCAUUCAGGCCGCCAGCCCACUCCACACACAGCCGGAUAUCAAGCCAUCAAUCGAAGGUUUACUAACUAAGGUAAAGCAUGGGUACUCCAAGAGAGUCUGGUGUGCACUUGUUGGAAAUGGUCUUUAUUAUUUCCGCAGUCAGGAAAACAAGUUUCCAUUAGGUCAGAUUAAUUUGAUGGAAGCAACAGUGGACGAGGUAGACAGAUCGUGUGAUUCAGAUGAAGAUUACGAGACCAGCAGUCAGAGCCUACUAUCUACACAUUAUACAAUUGGCAUUCAUCCCAAAAACCAGGGCCCUACCUACCUCCUCAUAGGCUCCAAACACGAAAAGGACACCUGGUUUUACCAGCUAAUUGUGGCUUCAGGUUGCACUGAUAUAAAUGUGGGAACUGAAUUUGAACAGCUGAUUGGCAACCUAUUGAAUGCAGAUAAAGAUUCAAGCUCCCAGCUCUGGGCCCACCCGACUCUAUGCUACUGUAAAGAUGGGAUAACAUCUCCUCUUACCACACUGCCAUCUGCAGCUCUGCAGACUGAAGCACUCAAGCUGUUUAAGACUUCCCAGUUAUUCAUCAAUGUUGCUAUUGAUGCCCCUGCCAUUGACUAUCAUGUAUCACUGGCUCAGAGUGCUUUGCAAGUGUGUCUCACGCACAGAGAGCUUCAGAAUGAGAUCUACUGCCAAUUAAUCAAGCAAACGAGAAAGCAGCAAACCCAGAACCACUUUGGAACACUUCAGGGAUGGCAGUUCUUGGCUUUAUGCAUUGGCCUUUUUCUUCCUCAACACCCUUUCCUCUGGUUAUUCAGAGUUCAUCUACAGCAGAAUGCAGAUCCAAGGACUGAAGUUGGAAAGUACGCGAUUUACUGCCAACGGUCACUGGAAAGAACUCAGAGAAAUGGAAGUCGUGAAUCAAAACCUUCUAGAAUGGAAAUUCUGUCAAUACUCUUAAGAAAUCCAUACCAUCAUUCAUUACCUUUCAGCAUUCCCGUUCAUUUCAUGAAUGGCACAUAUCAGGUGGUUGGAUUUGAUGCAUCCACCACAGUGGAAGAAUUUCUACACACACUGAACCAAGAAACUGGCAUGAGGAAGCCUGUGCAGUCUGGAUUCUUUCUUUUCACAGACGAUCCCUCAGGAAAUGAUCAAGAGCACUGUCUCCAAGAAAACGUAAAGAUUUGUGAUAUAAUUUGUAAAUGGGAGCAAGCCGCCAAGGAACAGCAUCCUGGGAAAUUUGAAGGUACACGAACUGUCCGACUCACCUAUAAAAACAGGCUGUAUUUCUCAACACAAGUGCACGGAGAGACAGACAGAGAAAAGCUCUUGCUGAUGUAUCAAACUAAUGAUGCAAUUGUAAAUGGACAUUUUCCAGUAAACAAAGAACUUGCAUUAGAAAUGGCAGCGCUUCUAGCUCAGGUGGAUUUUGGAGACUUUGAACGACCAUUCUCGUCUCCAGCUGGUCAUAUCUCCACGCAAUUGAAAUCAAACCAAGCUCUGAAGCAAGUAAUAGAGAAAUUUUAUCCAAAAAGGUACAAACAAGGCUGUACAGAUGAUCAGCUCAAACAAUUACAUCAGCGACUUUCUACGAAAUGGAUGGCUCUACGAGGUCGUAUCACUGCUGACUGUGUACGCAUUUACUUUGCUGUAACUAAGAAAUGGCCUUUCUUUGGAGGAAAGCUAUUUGCUUCAAAGCCUAUCAUUCCACCACUAUCUGAUCCUGCACCUGUGUGGUUGGCUGUGAAUGAGAAUGGCAUUAGUAUACUGGAAUACAACUCGAUGCGCUUGAUAACAACGUAUAUAUACAAGAAUAUCAUGACCUUUGGUGGCUGUGGUGAUGACUUUAUGCUUAUAGUUGGAAAGCCAGCAGAAGGUGCCUGUACAAAAGACAAACCAUUGCAAAAGCUCCUGUUUGCCUUGUCAAAACCAAAGAUCCUAGAAAUGGCUUUGCUCAUAGUCAGUUACAUCAAUAGUUUCCAAUCCCAGAAAGGGAUUGUUCACCACAUGUUGCUUCCAUCUUCGCUUUCUGCCCAGACGGCAGGGCAAAAAUUAAAGGACAUGGGAAGUCAAUCGUUACUUUCACACGCCAGGCCAACCAAAGGACCAACUUUGUUAUAAUGAUGAUAGUAAUGAACCUAUUGAUAUUAUCUGUACAAAAGUAUACUAAAAUGCAUCUUUAGCUGCAUAGAAAAAACGUUUUAAAGGGUUUUUUUGCACAAAAUGUAGCUGCAUGUAAAGAUUUAAUUAACAACAUUAAGGCCUUCAGUAUACAAGCAUUUGAACAACAAAGCAAUAUUCUAUUAAAAAAGGCUUUUGCCCACAUGGAUAGAUGGCAACCUAUUCAAGUGUCCAGCUGUGCACAUGACCACUGAGCAACAGUUACAUUCACUGUUAAAAUAAUUAAGGGAUUGCUCAACAUUAACAGUUAUUAAGUGUUAUUAAGAUUAAAAUUGAUAUUAUUUAUUAUAGUUUUUUAAUAGAUAUAUCAAAUG